AUGCCGUCGUUGCUUGUGAUAGUCUUCAUCAUUCAGCUUCUUAUCUACCUGGUCAACACUAUUGGCGCUCCAGUGAUCACUGAUUCUGUCCGUAGCAUUACGGAGAGAGGUAGUCAAGUUGAAGCGGGAAAUGAACGCCACAAGCUCGCAAGACGAAUUCGCGAAAUGGGCGAAGAUUCGGCGAACGCACGACAAGAAGAUGGCGGACCUAAAGACAUUCAAGUCCAAAUUCGAGGCUACAGCAACGGUCAUACGAUAUACAAGUACAAACGGCCUCCGGCUCUUUCUGCAAUUCUGGUACUCAAAACGACCAAUGUUCUGGAUACCACAGGGAUGGGUCCCGGGGUAUGUCGCAUGGCUAUUGGGCUUCCCAAGAGCUCCUAUGGGGAGUGUGAGCAUACAGAUAUGGGGGAUAGCAUGUGCGAGUGUGAUAUCGAUGGUUGGAAGUGCGGCUGUGGCUUGUCUGGCGCUGGUGCAGGAGAAGAGGAGCGGAACGAGGAAUGA